AUGUCUGCAAAUCCCAUCGAUACUCUCUCUACAAUGUUUGGAGGUGAUGUCAUGAACAAUAUCGGAGGCUCUGGAGGUGGUUCUCAUGAUUUUAUGGGAUCCUUCCUCUUCUCUGCUUCUUCAGUCUUGUCCGGAAAUGACACCUUGUUCUGGAGUGGCAAUAGGACAGAUCAAUACAUCAAGAAUCAAGUACAAUAUAUGAUAGUGAAUUAUUUGCCUUCGUUUUUGGUGAAUUCAACCAUAUUUCAAUUCUUCCUUUCCUCUUUUUUCCUCUUCUUUUUGGGUAAUCAAAUUUUCUCUGCAGGAAUUGCCUUGUUAAUAGCAAGUUCUAUUUGGAAGGUCAUUGAAGACAAGCUUUACGUCAUUUAUUACUUCUUUAGAGACUUUUUCGUAUGCUCAUUAGAAAUUAAGGAAAAGGAAAAUUAUCGUUACAACACCAUUUAUUUAUGUCUCAUUUCAUGGAUGAGUGAGAAUCCAAACUUUGAAUCAGCUAAACAUUUUACAGUUCAUGCCAAAUGUGAUCUCUCUGAUUCUUAUCGUAAUAAGGAACAACAUGAGAGUGAUGUCCAACUUGUUCUUGCUCCAGGUCCUGGCAGUCAUACUUUGAAUUAUAAAGGCUAUCGAGUGACUAUUCAAAGACAAGAUCCAACCAAUGACAACGAUCCAGAUAGUAACAACAAGAAGGGAGAUAUUCAAAAGUUAGUUCUUUCUGUGAAUGCUUGGAACGGAAAGAAAGUUCUUCAUGAUCUUGUCGAGGAGGCCGUGAAGGCCUAUUUCCAAAGUGCGAAGGGUGUCACCUCCAUUUACACCAUGUCUGAUAAUUAUUACAGUGAUUGGCAAAAAUUGUGUGAUCGUCCCAAUCGAUCCUUUGACACCGUUUACAUUGAUGAAAAGGUGAAAAAUAAUUUAUUGAAAGAUUUGGAUCGAUUCAUGAACAAUGAACAUUUCUACAGAGAAAAUGGGUUGAAUUUCCAAAGAGGAUAUCUUCUCUAUGGUCAUCCAGGUACUGGAAAAACUUCCUUAAUUUUGGCAGUUGCUGCUUAUUUGCAAUGUUCAGUAUUCACCUUAUCUUUGAGUGAUAAAAGUUUAGAUGACACGAAACUCAUGGCUUUGAUCACUCAAAUUCCACGAAGAGGUAUCAUUCUUUUGGAGGAUAUUGAUGCUGCUUUUAAUGAGAAUCGAAAGGCCUCUGAAGAUGUUCAGAGAGUGACCUUCUCAGGUUUAUUGAAUGCUUUGGAUGGAGUUACUUCACAUUCGCAAUUUCCAAGAAUUAUUUUCAUGACUACGAAUCAUAUCAAUCGAUUGGAACCAGCUCUCAUUCGACCAGGAAGAAUUGAUAUGAAAAUUGAAUUUGAAUAUUCCACAAGUGGUCAAAUCUAUCAAAUGGCCAAUCGAUUCUUUAAGAAUGAAACACUUGCCUCAAAAAUUUCCAAACUUUUACCUGAACAAAAACUCACGACUGCUGAAGUUCAAACGUACUUGAUGAGAUUUAUUUAUGAACCUGAGGAUUGUCUUUUGCAUGUAGAGGAAUAUCUUGAAGAGGUGGAAGAUUUAAGGAAAAAGUUGGCCAAAAAGGAAGAAGAUGAAAACAAGAAAGAAGAAGAGGUUUCUCAAGACAAGAACAACAGCAAGGAUGAAGCUCUUGUCAUUUCUGAAAAGGAGUAA